AUGUUACCGGCUUGGAUCAUCGGGAUUUUCUUCCUCGGUGCCGUCAAAGGCGCUGACGUUUGCUAUGACAGGUUGGGAUGUUUCACGGACGCCUGGCCCUAUUCAGGUUCUGUUCAGAGACCCACCGCCAAGUUGCCCUGGACCCCGGAGAGGAUCAACACCCGAUUCUUCCUCUAUACCAGGAGCAACCAAAACAGCUACCAGGUGAUCAGCGCCAUUAACCCUUCCACCAUCUCCUCCUCCAACUUCCGCACCUCCAGGAAGACACGCUUCGUCACCCAUGGCUUCACCAGCAGCGGAGAGGCUUCCUGGCUGUCUCAAACCUGCAGAGCUUUCUUUGAGGUUGAAGAUGUGAACUGCAUUGCUGUGGACUGGGCCGGUGGAUCCCGCACAACCUAUUCCCAAGCCGCUAACAAUAUCCGUGUUGUGGGGGCAGAAAUUGCAUAUUUUGUUAACUAUCUCUCGACAGCCCUGGGAUAUUCGCCUUCCAACGUCCAUGUGAUUGGACACAGCCUGGGGGGUCAUGUUGCCGGAGAGGCCGGGAAGAGAAUGAGAGGCAUUGCCCGGAUCACAGGUCUGGAUCCCGCCGAGCCGUACUUCCAGGACACACCCGCCGAGGUCAGGCUGGAUCUGACAGAUGGUGUAUUUGUUGAUGUCAUCCACACUGAUGCCGGAGCUGUCCUGCCUAACCUAGGUUUGGGGAUGAGUCAGGUGAUCGGUCAUGUGGAUUUCUUCCCCAAUGGUGGUGUGCAAAUGCCCGAAUGUCAGGCCUACAAGACCGUCGACAUCUACGAUGAAGAAAUCUUGGACCCAACAUUUUUCUCCCUCCUAUGUAACCACGACGCCGCCAAAGUAUAUUAUAUCCACAGUAUCACCAAUCCGAGCGCCUACGUCGGCUACCCCUGCAGCAGCUGGAACAGUUAUGUGGCGGGGAGCUGCAGGUCGUGCCCCAGUGCCGGCUGCCCCGUGAUGGGUCACUACGCCGAUUCCUACCGAGGUGUCACCAACUCCAGCCAAGCCUUUUACCUGAACACGGCGUGA